AUGCUGUCUUUUGUUUCUAGCCCUGAUUAUCUGAGAUCAGCUGAAAUGACUGAAGUGAUGAUGAACACCCCAGCGAUGGAUGAGAUCGGGCUAAGCCCCCGCAAGGACGGCCUGUCGUAUCAGAUCUUCCCCGAUCCGUCGGACUUUGACCGUUAUUGUAAGCUGAAGGACCGCCUGCCCUCCAUCGUGGUGGAGCCGACGGAGGGUGAUGUGGAGAGUGGUGAGCUGAGAUGGCCACCUGAAGAGUUCCUCGUGCAGGAGGAGGAGGAAGAGGAGGAAGAAAACUGUGAAGAUGCAAAGAAGGACAACAAGGAGCAAUAAAUGGCAUCUGAGGAAAGGCAAGGGACUACACCCUUCUGAAGGAAGAGCCACACUUCUCUUGAAAGUCUUUUUAAAAAGAAAAAAAGACAAGUUCAAUUUUGCACCUGCAAGAUCUUAGUUUUUUUUUGUAUUCUCUGUAUUGAGAACUGAAGUCCUCGGUGUCACCAGACCUCCUGAGGAAGGAAGGAAGUAAACGCAGAGAAAUGUUUGCUGUUCUCGA